UCACUUUGACGCUCCGGUAUAUUAGAGCUGAAGAGACAUCAUGCCUAUUGCGUCUCUGCUCGCUGUCUGCCAGACAACACUGAGGGCAAAGGGGACUCACGUCGCCGUUUGCUCCUGGUACCUAAACACAUUGUUAAAAGCCGCUUGAUAACGCUCAUGAAUUACCGCUUUGUUUAUCUGAAGCUUGUAAGGACCAGUGUCCAGUGAGCAUCUGCUUCACACAGCAUCUGAUCUGAACACAGCGCUGUUGCCAUGACAACAGACGAGGCGGAAAGUCACCAGAAGCAGCCGAGGCAGCAGGAGGAAGCCGGCCAGGAGGCCAGGCCGCCCUCACCGGAGAAGGAGCAGCUCCAGCCUCGCAACCGCAACUCUGCCGGCCGCGGCCUCUCUCGCCUCUUCUCCUCCUUCCUGAAGAGGCGCUCACAGUGUGAGAGUGAGGCGGGAGAGAAGGACGACAAGGAAGAAGAAGAAGCUAAAGCCCCCAUCGCUGACCCUGAACCUGAACUGAGGACGGAGGGGGAGGUCGCCCUGGAUCAGCACUCAGUGAGCAGUGCUGAGGCUCAGGCUGUCCAGGUAGAAAAGAAAGAAGCGGAGGAGGAGGAGGAAGAGGAGGAGGAGGGUGGAAAGGACAAAGAGAACGAAAAGGAGACAGGAACGGAAGCUACCCUGGAGAAGGAGGACAAAGAGAAGGAGGAGGAGAAGGAGAAGGAGUCUGCUCCUGAAGGAGGCGGUAAGAGAGAGGAGGAGGAGGAGAAGAUGACAGAGGAAGAGGCCAAAGCUCCCAGACCUCCACGCAGACCCAAGACCAUGCAGAUCAAAGUCACUCUGCUGGAUGACACUGUCUACGAGUGUGAGCUGGAUAAACAUGCAAAAGGCCAGGAGCUGUUCAUUAAGGUGUGUGACCACCUCAACCUGCUGGAGAAGGACUACUAUGGCAUGGUCAUCUGGGAGACAGCCACCAUGAAGGUUUGGUUGGACCUCACCAAGGAGAUCCGCAGGCAGGUACAAGGGGGCAACUACAAUUUCACCUUCAAUGUGAAAUUCUAUCCACCAGACCCAGCCCAGCUGUCUGAAGACAUAACAAGGUAUUAUCUGUGUCUGCAGCUGCGGAAGGACAUCCUGCAGGGUCGCCUGCCCUGUUCCUUUGUCACCCUGUCCCUGCUGGGCUCUUAUGCCCUGCAGUCUGAGCUGGGGGAGUACGACCCAGAGGUGCAUGGCAACGAAUACACUAAGGAUAUGAAAAUGGUCCAGGGACAGACCAAGGAGCUGGAGGACAAAAUGAUGGAGCUGCACCGUACAUACAGGUCAAUGACUCCAGCCCAGGCAGACCUGAUGUUCCUGGAGAAUGCCAAGAAACUUUCCAUGUACGGAGUGGACCUCCACCAGGCCAAGGAUCUUGACGGUGUUGACAUCAUGCUGGGGGUUUGCUCCAGCGGUCUGAUGGUUUACAAAGACAAACUGAGAAUCAAUCGGUUCCCCUGGCCCAAAGUCCUCAAGGUCUCAUACAAACGCAGCAGCUUCUUCAUCAAAAUAAGACCGUCUGAGGUGGAGCAGUAUGAGAGCGCAAUUGGCUUCAAAUUACCCAACUACAAGGCAGCCAAGAAGCUGUGGAAAGUGUGUGUAGAACAUCACACCUUUUUCAGGCUGACCUCCACAGAGAUGGCCACCACUCCCAGGAAGUUCUUGGCAUUGGGCUCUAAGUUUCGCUACAGUGGUCGGACUCAGGCUCAGACCAGACAGGCGAGCUCCCUGAUUGACAGACCGGCUCCGAUGUUCCAGAGAUCCUCCAGCAAAAGGAACUCACGCAGCUUGGAUGGAGAGGCAGGGUCUGAUGGGUCUGCAUCACCUCGGCCGCCAGCCAUGGCAUCCACUCCUGACAAUAAAUCCACUCGUCCAGUCAGCGCCCCAGUUAUGUCACCAGUGUCUCCUGGGGAGGCCAUUCCUUCGCCACUGCUGCCCGCCCUGCGUCGCUCUGACCGCCAUGAUGGCUCCACACCCAAAGGCCGCCGAUCUGCAAACAGAAAGGCAGAGGUAAAGGCAGAAGGUCGGCCAGCUGAACACACCAAGAGCUCCAGCCCCAGACCAGAGUCGACUCCAGACAUCAAGACAGUGGCCAGGAGAGAGCGGAGGCGCUCCCCCUCUGUCACCACUGCCAAUGGGGAAAGAGAGAAAAAGAGCCAGCACUCUCCCCAGGAAAAAACAAGGACGGAGAUGGUGCGAGUAAGAAAGAAAAGAGCUAAAAAACUUGAGGGUGAAACUAUUUAUAUCAGACAUAGCAAUUUAAUGUUGGAGGAUGUGGAUAAGACCCAGACUGAGAUCAUGCGUCACCACACUAGCAUCAGCGAGCUGAAGAGGAGUUUCAUGGAGUCGGUGCCGGAGCCUCGGCCCAGCGAGUGGGACAAGCGUCUGUCCACCAAUUCGCCUUUCCGCACAGCGAGCAUCAACGGCCAGCUGCAACCAGCGUCUCCAGUGCUAAAGACCCAGACAAUCACCAUCUCAGACAUCACCAACUCCCUGAGAGGAAGUGUGACCUAUAAGGACAUGCCCUUAGUUCAUACUGAGACCAAGACCAUCACGUAUGAGUCAGCACAGCCAGUGGACAGCCUGGCAGAGAGGGACUCAGGAGUGCUGUUGAGUGCCCAGACCAUCACCUCAGAGACCAUCAGCACCACCACCACUACUCAGAUCACCAAGACGGUGAAAGGAGGAAUCUCUGAGACUCGCAUUGAGAAGAGAAUUGUCAUCACCGGAGACACUGAAAUUGAUCAUGACAAGGCUUUAGCUCAGGCCAUUAAAGAGGCAAAAGAGCAGCACCCUGACAUGUCUGUUACCAAAGUGGUUGUGCACCAGGAGACAGAAAUCAGCCCAGAGUAAGAAAAAACUGAUCCUUUGGAAGGCCACACCUUAGUCCUCUCAGCUGCCCCUACUCUCCCUUCUUACUUGUGUCUCCAUCACAACAUUUUACUGCAGCACCCCCCGCCAUCACACCCAACUGCACUGCCUUCGACAUGAACAACCAGACCAUAUCAGAGGGAACAAGCUUCAAUGUUGAACUAUGAACUUUAACCUCCAUGAGUGUGGAGUUUGGCCUGAAGGAGACGGAGUCGCCAGAGAAUUCCCAAGAACCGUCCCAGUAUUCCCCACAAUCCCCUCUUGUUCCACUAAAGAUCAACCACUGGACUGAUGAAAAAAAAAACACUUUUUUAAAUAGAAAAAAAAAACAAAAUAAAGUACAGCAUUUGUGGAUUUAUUCCUCUUCUAUUUGUCUGGAGAGUUUAAGGAAAUUUUCAAGGGCAUUUGGUCUUUUAAUCUUGAGAUUACUGGUACUUUAUUUUUCUACAGCUUUUCUUACCAUCAGAAUUGGUUAUCAAUACCUUGGAGUUCAAGUGUUUUUUAACAGUGUGUUCCAAAUAGCAUUAACAAAGGGAUUGUGGGUGAUUUUUCUUGGAAUUGUACUCAAUGGGACUUGACGGUCCCUCUCAAAUUUGCAAGAGGUUUGGUGUCAUUUCUUGUACAGUAAAUAUUUAUUUUCCCUCUCAAUGCGAAAAAAUAUUUUUUCAAUUUAUGUAUAAAAAAAGAUUGAUUUUAUCAAACCAGUGGGCAAUUACUGCUUUCAUCUUAUUUAAAGUUCUGACUUAAUCAUUUGUUGAGUGAUCUUACAUCUUAUGAUUGUUUUAGUUGUUGUUGUUGUUGUUGUUGAUGUUGUUGUUAUUGUUGUUGUGCUUGUGUAACCAGAACUGGGCUUUAUCAGGACCAAGGAGACAGCAGUGUACUGAAAUGACCUUUACUUUAUUUAUUCCUACCUCUGUUUUUCUUUUGUGUUUUUGUUUUAAAUCUUCUCAGUACCUUCAUCAUUUUGUAUUGAGAGCUUUCCAGUCACCGGUUUUCGGUAAUUUCUACUGAGCAUGACAUCAGCAUCUACAGUGUUUCUGCAAAUGUUUCAAAAUUCUACCUUUAGACCAAAUGGGCAGUGUGUACUCAUCCAGGAAAAAAAUUGAAAUGAGGUGAACUCAAAUUUUACAUAGGUUAAUUAGAGGUAGUUUACAGUCUGCUUGAUUGGUGUUAAUAUAGUUGGAAAAAGUGUAGAGACCAGCACAGGAUGAUUUUUAUUUAAUGAAGGAUCUUUAUUUCAAACAUUUUAAAAUCAAAACACACAGCAAACAGGCCUUACGGCUAAACUUUAACAGCUUUGCAAUUGCAUUAUCUUCCUCAUCUUCUAUCAUUAGCUCGGUUCAAACAUUUACAUUCACAGGUAAUUUGGUUAUAACGUGAUGAAUGCAGUGCUUCAAUUACUGCAACCCUUCUGUCAACACAUGAACAAGGGCAUCUUGUUAAAGAAGUUCAUUGUAUUCUUUUCAACAGUUUUUAACAUACAGCGAGGGAGUGAAUUUGAAGUUUCUGCACAAACCUCUAAGGAUAAUUUCAGUUUUUAACUUGGGUCUUAUUUUUCUAGUUUUGCCCAUCAUUUCAGACUGUUUAUUUCAGAUUAUCUGAAGCCAUGUUCUAAUGUAUGAUGCUACAGUAACUUUAGCACAGUUUGUUGCUUAUAAUUGGACGGUACUGAUGUUUGAAAACUAUUUCAAAUUAUUCAUCAUAACAAACAUCGGUCAUAAUAGUGUAACCUGAUGUGGAAGUUAUUCAAUUUAGCAAUUUGUGCAACCAGAUCCUAGUGAAUGUUAAGGAAUAGCCAGCACCAUGAAGAUAUGACCCAAGGUGUAAUCAACUCAAUGAUUUUUUUUUUGCAGACAAAGGUUUGAUAAGGCUUCUUAUUUUCUUUUUUGGAUGUUUGGCUCUGAAAAUGUGUGAUCAUAGUGGCCGUUUAAGUUUUAUCACUUGAAGUAGCUCAGAACUAAAAACACUUGCUGUCAGUGGGUGUUAUUUAUUUCAAUCACUUACGGUGCUGUAUGAUAGGAGCCAGUGUGACCCUUUUAAUUUAAGCAUUGAGCACCACAAUGGUCAUAUGGUCAUCAUAAUCUCUGCAAAAAUAGCAGCAUAGCUAGUGUUGAUAGGAAAAUAAAUAUUUUGGACUGUGGUUAGUAGGCUAAUGGGUUAAGCUUGUUCAUUUAAACAGCUUUAUUGAAUCAAGAAUCCAAAAGACAAUUCUUGACAAGAAGCACUGCAUAAAAACAUAGACACAAUUCAAACACAGCAUAAAUGUUUGUGUUUGAAUUGAAUAUUAUAUUUUAAUUCCAUGCAUCGUAUUUAAAUCCAGUUUCACAAUCGAUGUGACAGAGAAGAGGUUAUCAUCUGCAUAGUCUCUGCCACUCCAUGUUGUAAUAAACAGUGGCUAAAAGAAGUUGUAUCAAGUGCUUCCAAUAGAAAAGUGUAAAACAAUGUUGAUGAUUGUUCAGGAUACUGACAGCAUAUUUUAUGACAAUGAAUGUCUCUGAUCUACAAUUACAAUCUUCAAACUAUUACCUCAUGCUGGUUAGUGUAAUAUUGGCAUAUUGACCUCAUGCAAACGCACUACAACUCAACAUUUUUAAUAUUAAAACAAUAAAACAGUCUUGGAAGCCAAACUGAACCUCUUCCUUAGUACACACUGCCCAUUCAAAUCAGACCCAUAUUUAGUAUGGCAUAUGUAGUUUAUAUUUUGUCAAGUUUUAAACAUGAUUCCUUUUUAGAACACAAUACUCUGUACAGCCCAACAUGUUGUAGUUCUCUCACUGUGCUGUCGUCUUUAUCAUGGCACUCCCUUUUCUCGUUGGAAACAAGCAAACCAACAUUUCUAAUUUAUUUCUUAAUUGUGAACCCUCACUUUACCACCCCAGGAAGACGUAAUAAAAGAGCACCAUGCACAGAAUAAACAA